CACUGACAGUCGGUUCUGAUAACUCCUCAGUGUUUUGGAAUAUCUACGUGAGAUCCACAGCAUCAUAGCAAUAUGAUCUUACAUCUCUUGAUAUGCCUACCCUUCAUCCAUUCACUGGACGCUGCUUAUCCUGCCUAUUACGGAGGAGAUAGAUAUAGCUCAGCAAACCGUGGUCAUGGUUUGCAGUGGGCAGCUUAUCGUCCUGUUAUUCGAGACCAAAGAAGUCCUUUCACUUACUACAAUAUCUACCCUUAUAGUAGAUCCUACCUUGAGGAUUACUACCGUUACUAUCCUCAAGAAACCUACCCCGUGUACUACCCACGCAGUGCCAAGUACGACAUUUACCAAGUACUACCUUCCUAUUACCAAAAACCUCUAUCAGACUUAAGCGAAACCUACGACAGCUAUUACUACGGUGCUGAUCCUGUCGAAUACCAAGAGGAAAUCCUUCAGGAAGCUGAAAGGGAGGAAAGGGAAGAAUCUCAACCAAUCGGACAUGAAAUGCUCUACGAAAACGAGUACUACACGAAUAACUUCAACAAAUAUGACAAACAAAGCAUGGCGUAUUUCCAAAAAAUGCUUGCGCAGUCGCAUAAGAAUGCCUAUAAUCAACCAAAUGCCUACAACCAACCAAACGCCUACAACCAACCAAACGCCUACAACCAACCGAACGCCCAAUACUUUGACUACAGUGACUACGACAACGAAUGGCAAGACGUCCCAGCAACAAAACUCCCUCCCUAUCACUCAAGAGAAGACAAGGAAGUGCAGGAUUUGAGGAAGCUAAAGAACAAGAACAAACAAAACAAAAAGAAACAAAGCCAACGCAGAAAUAAUGACAUCCACGAAACCUACAAAAGAUCAAAUGACGCUAAUUCGGACAUGACCAACACAAUAACAAGUAGUGUGCCGAAGACGCAAGUCAAACCGCGGGAUUCUGAAAUCAAGAGUCCUAAAAUCAAAGUACCAGCAACUACCACUGCACAGCCAGUUUCUCUUGAACCCAAGAAGAUCGUUCGAGGUCAAAAGGAGGAAGUCAUGAUGCGCCCAGCUACUCCUGUGAGACACCCCUUCAACAACGCUAUGAUGAAUCUGGUAGUUAGUAAUGAUGAGUGGAAGAGAAGCCCUUCAGUGUUCGAUACCUUGAAGCGCAUGUUGGAGAUGGAGAAGAGCUUGAAAAACAAAUACCGCGACGAAUUUAGGCCCGCAAUGAAGAAGAGGAUCAUCUCCGACGAAGACAGCCUUACGCGUCAGUUGUCCGUGCUCAAGAAGUCCCACUAAACGUAAGCUUAUUUCUGAAUCUUGUUGGAAAAAAUCGAAACUUCUGAGAUUUAGAUGCUGCUACUCAAGACUGACUUAGAAUUAAUCAUAAUUCUCCAGAAACUACAACAGUUCAAUACCAGAACCAAUCGGUUCGAAAUUCAAGUCAGUUCCUCAACUUCGUACUUGGACCACGGGUACGCCAAGCUUUUCGACGAGAAUGUUGAGAAUUUGUCGUUUCGGUUUAAUGAAUUCAUUUCCGAUCGAACCUUCGAUUUAUGCUAUUCACCAUAGAUUGUGGAUUUUGGUUGAGAAUGUGAAAGAAAGAUGGCUUUAAAUGAAAAUGUGAGGGAUGUGGCGGGGGAAAGGAAUAGUAUUUUUCUGAAAUUUCAUAUUAAUGAAAGAAACAAAUUACGAGAAAAAAUAACAAAGAGAGAUUUCACAUAUGGAAUUC